AUGAAGUCAGCAAACGACGUUAAUCCCCAGGAAACUCAAGAACACAUUGAGCUUGAAGCUGAAAAUAUAACUCCAGAAACACAACUCAAUUUAGAAGAAAUGGACAGUGAAAAUAAAAAGGAAAAAACCUACUCCCCUAAUAGACAAGUGAAAUAUGGAUACAUAAAGUAUGUGAGCCUUGCAAUUCUGACUGUUCAGAAUGCUGCAUUAGGUUUAAGCAUGAGAUAUGCACGAACAAGAAAGGUUGAGAUGUUUUCAAGUGCUGCUGCCGUUUUGAUGACAGAAUUUUUAAAGUUAGCGAUAUGUAUUGUGCUGGUAAUUAACGAGUCUGGAAGCAUUCGAAAAGGAACCCAUACAAUGUAUAGCACUGUAUUAAAUAUAAAAGAUACUUUGCGUGUCGGUUUGCCAUCAUUUCUGUAUGUGAUACAAAAUAAUUUGUUGUAUGUUGCUACUUCUAACUUAGAUGCUGCUACAUAUCAGGUUACAUUUCAGUUGAAGUUAUUGACAACUGCUGUUUUUGCAGUAUUAGUUCUAAAGAGAAGGUUAAAAAGAUGGCAAUGGGGCGCUUUAGGGCUACUAGUUAUUGGUGUUGCAUUAGUUCAACUUACGACAACUUCAAAGGGAUCUCAAUCAGCAGACCUUCAAAAUCAAUCGAAAGUUCUUGGUUUUUCUUCUGUCUUAGCAGCUUGUGUUAUUUCCGGUUUUGCUGGAAUUUAUUUCGAAAAAGUAUUGAAAGAAUCUGAUAUUUCUGUCUGGAUGAGGAAUGUUCAAUUGAGUCUAUUGUCACUUCCAAUUGCUCUUAUUACAUAUCUCAUAGACAGUAAAGGGUCAAUGUCUGAAUUGCUAAAAGGCUUUGAUGGUGUUGUAUGGUAUCUAGUUGUAUUACAAGCAGCUGGAGAUUUGGAAAAAUGUUUUAUUCUGAUAACAUUCCCUAAAGACCUUACGUACAAUGAGGGAAAUACAUUACCAGUUCAAGAUUGGUUGUAG